AUGAUACCCAGCGUCGGUGCCUUGACAGUCCUCCUCGCCUCUUUCGCCACCUACUGCGCCGCAAGUGAGGCAUUCUUCGCAACGGCGAUCGUAACAGACGCUAAGAACAACUCGGCCCUCGAGUGCUGGCAGCUAGACGCAAAUGUUUCUGUCUCCACUGGUGCGGGUACUGCGGGUGCGAUGACCAUCCAGCUGGGUAACCUUGCGAACGUGACAUACACCGCGCUCCCGGCUAACUUCUAUGGCGGUGUCCACAACGCGCCUUAUCCCCAAUGGGUCGUCUUCACCUCUGGCCUGGCGGUAGUCACCCUGCCAAACAACACAGGAACGGCGUAUGUACCGGGAGGGCCGAAUGGCAUCAUUAUCGCGGUGGACACGACCGGUAGUGGCCACAAUACUUCGUACCCCACCAACAGCGAGACGAUCGGGCUUCAGAUACCCUUCGCCAACGGCAUUAUUCCGUCCCACACAGUCACGAGCGAGGGGCCUUGCGUCGGGAAUCAGGUGCAGAAUGUUACGGAGACAGAGUGA